AUGGCGACAUCUGUGACUUUACCGACGUUCCACACAAAGACAGGUUCUCUAGUAGCUCUCAGCAACAACAACCGAACUGCUCAAAGGAACCACCCCACACAGGAGUUUAACAAUGGAGUUGUUUUGAGCGCUGAGCCGUUGCGUGAUAAUCAACUUUUUGAAGUAAAGAUUGACAAAAAGGUGAACUCCUGGAGUGGCUCAAUUGAAAUAGGAGUGACUGUCUGUGAUCCAGGCAGCCUGAAUUUUCCAUUCAGUGCCACUGGGUUUCGAGAUGGGACUUGGGUCAUGUCUGGAAUGUCAAUUCUCUGUGAUGGUCACUCCAUGAUUGAGGACUAUGGCUGUGAUUUGGACCAGUUAUCUGAGGGUGAUAAAGUUGGAGUUAUGCGCACAUCAGAUGCUGUUCUCCACUUCUAUGUCAAUGGUAUCGACCAGGGACCAGCUGCCACAGGCAUCCCUUCAUCUGUCUACGCUGUGAUUGAUCUCUACGGGAAAUGUGCCCAGGUCACUAUAUCUGAACCCAGCUCUCUACCAGCCAGAGAAAAUUCCGUGAUGAACAGCAAACUAACAAAUGAAAUAGCCCACGAAUUUCUGAGGGAAAUUUCCAACCAGGUCGCCCAUACCUUGGCUGCUGAGCAAGAGACCAGCUGUUCCGAUGACGAGGCACAGUCCCGUGAUGGUCUCCGAUUUCACGAAAGGUGCGGCAAUCUAGUCAAGCUGAGCAACAAUCGCAGAACUGCUGAACGACGGAGACCCCUGGAUGAGUUCAAUAAUGGGGUAGUGAUGACAAAUCGACCAAUCAAGGACAAUGAAGUUUUCGAGAUCAGACUGGACAGGCUGGUGGACAAGUGGUCAGGCUCCAUUGAAGUCGGCAUCACAACACACAACCCUAACACUUUAGAAUUUCCAGCCACAAUGACCAACAUGAGAAAUGCGAGUUCCAGUCGCACAAUUAUGAUGAGUGGGUGUGGUAUCCUGACAAAUGGUAAAGGCACAAGACGAGAAUACGGGCAGUUUAAUUUGGAUGAGCUCAGUGAAGGAGACCACAUCGGGCUGGUUCGUAAACCCGGUGGUCACUUACACUAUUUUAUCAACGGGAUGGACCAAGGGAUGGCAUCUGCCAAUGCUCCCUCCCCUGUGUGGGGGGUGGUGGACCUGUAUGGCAUGGCUGUCAAAGUGACCAUCGUUGACCACAGUCCUGUAGAGUCAGAAGCUGUUGCCGCCAGCAUGGUGCCCCUGCAGCCGGUGGAGAGAAGUCUGGUGAACACACUGAGGCAGUUUCUGGACUCUUGUGAAGGCAGUGAGAGAGCUGAGUCAAGGGCUGUCACAGAGACAGAGGAAAUUGAGAAGCUCCUCUUCAGUCCUGUUUGUGGAGUUCAUGCAGCUGUCAUUAAUGGAAACAGAACUGCUCAUAGACCAAACGCAGCUGAUGACUUUAACAAUGGAGUGAUUUUGACCAACCGGCCAUUGCGCCCAAAUGAAGUUUUCGAAGUUCGGUUGGACAAGCUGGUGGACAAAUGGGCAGGUUCAAUCGAGAUUGGCUUGACCACUCAUCAGCCAACAGAUCUAGAUUUCCCAUCGACAAUGACGAAUAUUCGUUCAGGUACGUGGAUGAUGACGGGCAAUGGUGUCAUGCAUAAUGGCUGUACCAUAAUAGAGGACUAUGGGCAUAAUUUGGAUCGCUUGAAGGUAGGAGAUCGUGUUGGGGUUGUCCGCAAGGCUGAUGGAACAGUGCAUUUUUUCGUGAAUGGGAUUGAUCAGGGAGCUUGUGCAACCAGUGUUCCACCAAAUAUCUUUGGCGUUAUAGAUCUAUAUGGCAUGGCUGCACAAGCAACCAUAGUUGAUUCCUCAGAUGCUCUUACGUCUCCGGACACAGACUCUAGUGUGUUCUCAGAUCCAGACCAGCUCAAGUUCCAUCACUUCCAUGGCAGAAAUGCCACGGUACUUCACAAUGGACUGACUGCAGCACGACCCAAUGCCACGGGGGAGUUUAACGAUGCUAUCGUCAUGAGCAACAGACCACUCCGAGAUGGGGAGCUCUUUGAAGUUGUCAUUGAGAAAAUGGUGGACAGAUGGUCUGGGUCACUUGAAGCGGGUGUUACUCUUGUGAAACCAGAAGAAAUUGAUUUCCCCAACACGAUGACAGAUAUCGAGCAUGAUACCUGGAUGUUAAGUGGGUCAGCCAUAAUGCAGGAUGGAGCAACAAUACGAAAUGGGUACCCUCUUGACCUGGACUCCCUCAUCAUCGGGUCCCGGGUCGGCAUGAUGAGGUGCUCGGAUGGAACGCUGCAUUAUUACCUGGAUGGAGUUGACCAAGGCGUGGCCAGCACUGAUAUUGCUGCAGGUGUGUAUGCAGUCAUAGAUUUGUAUGGGCAGUGUGCCCAGGUGAGUAUGUCCAAUGGCACAGUUGUUCUGCCACCAGCUAGUGUGCUGCAGCAGCAGGCCAGUCUUCAGACGGAGCAGAUCUCCACCCCAUCUGUUGCCAACACAGAUAUCACUCAUCGACUGAGUAAAUGCUGCGGCAAGAACAUCACUCUGCGCAACAACUGCUGGGGAGCCAGUAGGACUCAGGGUUUUAACCAUGGCAUUGUGUUCAGUUCAGAACCUUUGAAAUAUGACGAGAUCUUUGAGAUGGAGGUCAGUGAGGUGUCCGAUCAGUGGUCAGGCUCCUUGAAGAUUGGCCUGACAACUAUGGCCAUCUCAGACUCCAGCUCCUCAAUCAGUAUUCCUUCAACAGCAGAUGAAAUUGUCUCCAGGGUCACUUGGAUUGUCUCAGGGUCAGAGGUGAAGAAGUCUGGUGUUGUCAUCAAGGACAACUACUCCCCAUCUUUGCAGAGGCUUCAGGUUGGCGACAGGAUUGGUGUCUGCCGGUACUCUGAUGGCACCAUGCAUGUUCUGCUCAAUGGAGAUGAUCUAGGAGAGGCUGCCAGUGGUAUUCCCAAGAAUGUGUUUGCUGUGAUAGACCUCUAUGGAGCUGUGGAAGGUAUUGUUGUUACAAGCAGUCCUAGUAUUGAGAUGUCCAGUAUCGUUCUGUCCCCUGCAUAUGAAGUGGAGCCAGCGACGCAGGAUCGGGACCAGGACAGUGACACUUCAGCACACCUGUCCACCUGUUUCCAUAGCAACCACGGUAAGAACAUCCUUCUGCGGGACGGUGGCCAGCAGGCGGAGAGACUUGCCAGCUACAAUCAGGGUCUGGUGGUUGGGAAUAAGCCACUGAAGAGAAGGAAACUUUUCCAGGUUCGACUGGGAAGGCUAAAUCCACGCUGGAGCUCAUCUCUGAUGAUCGGAGUGAUAGGAUUUCCGGUUGACAAAUACACAUUCCCAGUGUCUGCCAUGGCCAUUAAGAAAGCAUGUAUU